GUAGGAACUGUAAGCAGUGUUAAUAGUUUCUACACGGUCCAUAUUAUGGCCAGUGACGUCAGCGUUAGAACAACACGGGUGGUAUUGCAGUUAAAAGUACUGACAGAUUAUUGGGUUGUACCGUGUAUUUUACGAUAAUUAGUGGGCCCAUGCCAAGCUAACGCGGAGCAAAUGAAGCGGAACUUACGUAAAGUAAAAUUCAUGAACUAAUUGACCUCAGGACGAGAAGACACAACGACAGGCAUCAUGUUCAGCUUCCUGGGACUCCGCAAAGACCCAAAGAAGUCCCCCCCCGAGAAGGAAGCAGAGGGGGGCUUCGUUCUCAUCGGAGAGACAGCUGACGAGCAGAGGACGAAGACCACCAACAUCGCCCACCCCUCGACAAACGUUGUCGUGCAGCGGGUUAGGUCAUCCUGUCCAGCUCCCGCCCCACCGCCCGCCACCAGGCACCCCGCGGCGUGCCCUGCCAUGCCGGCGGCGGGGGAGGCCUCGGCUCUCCCGGACCUCCUCGGGGACGUCCCCUUCACUUUGGCUCCCCAUGUGCUGUCCGUGCAGGCCGGGCUUCCCCGUGUCCCCGACGUGCUGCUGUCCCGGGACGUGAACUACAACCUGGCUAACUUCCAGUACGACUUCACCUUAGAGAACUCGGUGCUUCAGAGCGCCUAGUCUGAUGGUCCGUGUGAUCCUGCAGGAUUAUGAACAAGUAGAAGCUUACAAAACCUUUUGAAACUUAGAAUACUCUCUGUUAUUGGCUCCUGUGCAUUCUUAAUGUGGUGGCUGUGAAAUCACAGGACUAAACUUUGGAAAAGAAGCGUUGGCUUUUGACUGGCUGUACCAGUGAUGGCAGGUAGAGCUGUGGAAGACCUGAGUGGACGGGUGCUUUACUGGUUUCUUGUUGCUGCUGGUUACCUUGGUGACACAUAUGAGACUGCUUAUGAUCGGUUAAGACGUCCUGACCAUUGGGUCUGCACAUGACUGGAUGACUGUGGUCUUUCUUAGUGGUGAUGACCUUUGCACUCAGAACUUGUGACAAAAAGGUCAAAAGGGGUGGAGCCAAAAGUACUGUAAGUGCACUAAGUGCACAUUUAAGAGACCCUGCUCAAUAAACUGGUGGAUGUUUGACAAAGUGAUGUCACAGAUGGCCUCUGUUGUCUCUUUUUAAAUUCCGUUCCUUUGGUAACCUUCGGAUUAUGUGGUGCGAGGGUCUCCGGUUUUAGGUCUCAGUCUUCGGGUGGGUCUGUAGGCGUUCAUUUGCAAGCACAGGUAGAGUUUCCGGUGCCAUUGGGGGGGGGGUCGUGUCGGGGGUCAGGGCUCAGUUUCAUGUCUGCAGUCCGCUCACUUCCCUUGAGCGUUCAAAGCCACAAUUUUGUAUAACUUUCCUGCAAAUGUGUGUUACUUUAUUAUUCGUUGUUUCUGUAUUUUCAUCAGUCUGUGCUUUCUUGUGUUCACGGAACAUAUUUUGCAUUCUACUGAAUGCAGUAAAAUCUAGUCAGUGUCUACAAGGUUUACUUCCACUGAAAUGGUUUAAAGCCAUGGCAGCAUCUGGUGUACUCUGAUAUAAAGCUGUAUUAUUCAUAUUUUAACAUUUAGACAUUGGAUAGUGUUUGAAUCUGCUUUCAAAUAGGCUGAAGAGGGCUGUGGUUCUCCUCGUACUAAUUUACUUCCCUUACAUUUUUUUUUUUUUUAAAAGAACAAAGAAUUUCUUUCACAAACUUUUGUUCCCAUUUAAAGUCAUCCGCUUCCUGGUAGGCUUUUAUUUUGAAACGGUUUGCUUGUCUAUUGAAAUGAAUGUAUGAUACUAUGGUUUAGAACACGUAUGUCAAACCCGCGCAGCCUGGACGGCCUGCCGGAUGACUUUGCUAUUCUUACAAUCACAGAAAGGUCCCCACACACGCGCGGACACUUCUGACAGACGAGAGGCUGGCCGUAUCUGGUUUUAUUAUAUCGAUUUGUUUUGCACGCCGGUUGGAUCGUCAGCGCCACCCCUCCCUAUGAUUUCAAUGGUCUGGCCCGCGUUCGAUAGAAAUGAGCAGUAUCUGGCCCGAACCUGAAAUGAUUGGUUUAGGAGGAUGACCAGAUUAAUGUGUGCCUCCUGAUUUGAUUCGUGUUCUUGAUUGACUCCACCAGGCUGCUUUUCUAAUUACUUACUUUGUAAAUAUGAGCUCUUGAAAUAAACUUUUGACAAGAAGAGGAAAUACAUUUGGAUAAAAUCAUAUUUUAAACUGUAAUUUACCAAAUAUUGUAUUUGUACCCUUUUGAUUGUUUGUACAGAGUCCAAUCUUCAAACCUGCUGUGCCUUUUUAAUACGCAAUGUUUAAAAGGCAGCAUAAGGCCUCCUGUUAAUAACUCUUACUAAGAUCUUCCCCUUCCACCAUGUUACUCCUUGAGUUACAGUUGAUAUGUGAGGCUCACUUAUUCAGCCGGUUGUAGCAUGCUUUACCAAUAAAUCAUAAGAGUUUGACUGUC